AUAUUGCAGGGGAAAAAACAUGAACUGGUCACACACAAGAGGGACGCGGUAACUCCCCAAGCCUCACAAGAAGCGUAUAAGACCUAACGCCAACUGCUUCUCCUCCUCCUCCUCCUCCUCUUAUCCUAGUAUCCUACAGGCCUUACUGAACCUCCUACUAUCUUUAUCCAUCCAUCCUAACCCUUUUCGUCCAUCCUAACAGUGUGUGUGGAGAAGCAAGAGUGAAGUGAAAGUCCCCGUGAAAUAGUGCUAGCUUGGACAUUUAAAAGGCCCGCUGUCAUCAUCUCAAUACCCAGAUGGAGGACGAGAGGAGGCGGACCCAGUAAGGCUGACCAAGGCUGGCGGCUGCGGGUAUAUAAAGGAAGGUCAUGGCGUGCGGGUGUCAGUUGAGUGGCAGUGCCGUGGCUGCAGGAACAAUGGCGGUGCUUGUGCUGGGAGCCGCUAUCGUCACUCUCACUUCUGUCAUCUUAGCACAGGAGCCGCCCACACCUGGGAGGAACUGUUACAGAAAAUGUGUGGAGGGAGAUACAAGAGUGUGUCAAUUUAAUUUUGAUGUGCAUCCUUACCAGACCAUGUCCAGGGCAUGCUACGACUGCCCUUACAAUAUCACGGACUGCGCUCGGCCAGACUGCAUAGCUGCUGAUGGCAUCAUACGCAGAAUUCUGGUCAUCAACAAACAAAUGCCGGGCCCUCCUAUACAGGUCUGUCUUGGUGACCGUGUAGUGGUGAAUGUCAAGAAUUUGCUGCACAGCGACGGGUUGACUAUGCAUUGGCACGGACUUACUAUGAGAGGCUCCAGCACUACAGACCCUGACUCACCUGCUGAGGGCACUCCUUACAUGGACGGCACCCCAGGCAUCACUCAGUGUGCCAUCCCUGCCCGCUCCACCUUCAAAUACUCCUUCAUCGCCUCCAAUGCCGGGACACACUUCUACCAUUCGCAUGCUGGUUUCCAGAGAGGUGACGGUGUGUAUGGCGCCUUGAUAGUGAGGGAGCCGGCUGCCAACGACCCAAACAGAGACACCUACGACUAUGAUCUCUCUGAGCAUGUCAUUUUGAUGCACGACUGGCUUCACAUCACCACGGAGGACAAGUUUGUGUUCCGUCACCACAGCGGCGGGGACGACUUCCCUAAAUCAGCAUUGGUGAAUGGCCGCGGUGCUUACCAGCAUGCACCAAAGAACUCCUUGCCAUCUCUCAUGCCUUACUCAGUCUUCAAGGUGACGCCAGGUAACCGGUAUCGCCUCCGCCUCAUCAGCAAUGCCAUCCUGAACUGUCCCUUUGUGGUGAGUGUGGAGGACCAUCCGCUCACCAUCAUAGCGUCUGACGGCAACCCUCUCGUGCCUGUCAAUGCCUCCUCUGUUGUUGUGUAUGCCGGUGAGCGCUGGGAUGUGGUGCUGACGGCAGAAUAUGGCAAGUCCGGCCACUUCUGGAUGAGUUUCUAUGGCGGCGUGGACUGUGUGGAGACACAAGCCCACCAGUUUGCCCUGCUGCAGUACGAGGAUGUGGUAGGCCAGGCUGUGAAGGGUGGCACCAAGGGAGUCACCACACUGAGCCCCGUCACCACUCAGGACACUCUCGAUUCAAGCCUCAGACGCGCUCUUGACAGGAAGCCCACAUACACCAUGGUGCCUCCCCCUGGUGUGCAAGUGAACACCAUCAAUAGCGCCUGCAAGGACAACCUGCUGUGUGUGGCCUGGUUGCGGUCACACCACCCCAUGCCACAGCAAGCCCUGGUUCCCGUGGCUAACUUCACCCACUACCUAGCCUUUGAGAUGAACCGUGUGCACAAUGCUCUCUUCUACUCACGGUCUUUUUACAACUUUGACUACAUGCCUGAGGAGCAGCAGAUCCCAACACCACAGAUAAACAACCUCACCUUCGCACCACCGGCCACUCCCCUCCUGCUGGGUGGCGCCUCUGAGGGGAACAUCUGUAACGUUGACUCUCCUCCUGUGGGGCGCCAGUGUCACCAGGACUACUGCGAGUGUCUGCACAUGUACAACGUUCCUCUUGGUGCCACGGUUGAACUGGUGCUCAUAGAUGAAGGCCAGUACGGGGACGAGAACCACCCAAUACACAUGCAUGGGGAGUACUUCUGGGUGUUGGCGCAGGGCAGACCCAAUGAUGUGGACGACGCCUUCAUUACUCGCAGCCAGGUUAUGGAGAUGGAUCAACAGGGCUUGAUAGAGAGGAACCUAAUCGACCCUCCAUACAAAGACACAGUAACGAUCCCUGACGGUGGCUACACUGUUGUUCGCUUCACUGCCAACAACCCCGGCUACUGGCUGCUCCACUGCCACCUCCUCUUCCACUCAGCGGCUGGCAUGGACCUUGUGUUUAAGAUUGGGGAGGACCACGACAUUCCUAAGCCUCCGCCAAACUUCCCAACGUGUGGUAACUUCCGAAACUCUGAUCUGUAGCUUGUUUUUGUUGAUGCAGGAAUAAGAUAGGUUGCUGCAUUUUCCUGGUUCUGUGUGUGUGUUUAUAAUGGUACAGAAGUGGGAAAGAACCUAUUGAUUCUUGUGUUUUCUUGUUUGUUUGUGUUGAUUUAGGAAAACUUAUAGAUUCUUGCGUUUUCCUGGCUUUGUGUGUGUUUGUAAGAGUGUUGAAGCAGGAAAACCUUUAAAUUUUUGUUUUCUUGCCUCCGUGUGUUUAUAAGAUUCUAUUGUUGAAGGAAAACUUAUUUAUAGAUUCUUGUGUUUUCCUGUUUGUUUAUGUUGAAGCAGGAAAACAUAUGAUUCUUUGGGUUUCCUGUUUGUUUGUGUUGAAACAGGAAAACAUAAAGAUUCAUGGGUUAUGCUGAAAGACACACUAACUGCUGGAAGAGAGGGAAGAUGUGAUAUAGAUAGACUGAUUCUUUGUAAUUUAAAGGUUGUGUUAAUGAUGGAGGAGGAGGAGCAAAAAGUGAAGGAACUGUUGUGAUGUACAGUUAAUAAUCUGCGUGUAUAGAAAGAUAAUUACUGUGUUUAGUGUAGGUAUUAUAGUCUGUCUACUCUAAAAUGGCUCCUGGAUUUAAAACAUAUUGUAGCUUAUUGAUAACGUAAUUGAUUUGAUGUGAAUAAUAUUUGUUUUCUGUUGAUCAAUGCUUUUAUUACAAGGACAGCUCAUGGUUUUCCUCAAGAUCUGACAACCAAGCAUUCCCUGGGACACCAUUCAAACCGAGACCCAGGAACCACUUAAGAUUAGACAGACUAUAGUAGGGGCCAGCCUUACAGUGAAGCAUUCCACAAGCUAUAAAGGGGUUCUGUACCUGAGAAAUAGCUAAGGUCCUGAUGGUGAAAGGAACCGAGUGAGGAUAAGAAGAUAAGACACUAACUGAUAAAUUGUGUUUGAAAAUAGUGUAUGUAAAAGAGGAAAAAGCUGCAUUAUGGGGCUAUGGUGGGUGGGAAUAGAUGAUAGGGGAUGAGAAGUAUGUUUGGCAAUGAGAAGAAAAUUUAUGAUAUUUAUUGAAGAGAUAAGCGUUAGAACUAGGAUGGGAUGGGAUAGAAGAUUGAAAGAUGGAUUAAAGGACUGAGUUGGUGGGAAUUAAGAAAAAAAAAAGAGAUGAGAUAUGUUUGAAAAUGAAGUUGAGGAAAUUUAUGAGUUUAUGGAAAAGAAAAUCCCGGCUAUAUGACUGGGUUGGGUUGGGAUAGAAGAAGAUAGAAGACAAAAAUACUGGAUAAACAAUUAGUUCCUAUAUUGAUGUUUUUAUUAGUGUGUGAAUAUUUGUGUCAAGGCAGGAAGAAGACAAGAAAAAAGACAAUAUGUUAUCACUUAAACCUGUUAAUUACUCUUCUCAUCUGUUACCUGACAUAGCUACUUAGAUAAUAUAUGUGUGUAACUUCAAAUAGUAGCAUUGACUUAAGAUGGAUGAGACAAAAUAAAUAAGAAAGAAAAGAAGAGUUAUGGAGACAAAAUUUAAAAACAUUAA